UCCCACAAAAGGGUUUUCUGAAAUCUUGAUUAUACAAUCAUCAUUGAAUUCACUAGGAAAAAAGAGUAAGUUAUGGGGCUUGAAAAGCACAUUUCGACGUUCUUGAUCGUUCUUCUGUCCUUAAAUUCAAUCUGCACAGUUAACAGCAUGGAUCAUGCUGAUGAUCGUGACUUAGUCGAAGAUCAUGAUCAUCAUUACUCCCAACAAGAGUAUGGGACGUAUGGUUUUGAAGCUUAUCCGUCGUAUUUUAGACCCUUUGAGGGCAUUAAAAACUUGGACAAUUCGGCGAGGACGAUGAUCUUCAGAAGACUUGCUGCUUCCAUUAAGACAAUUAAUGUACUCAGCUUCGGAGCUAAAGGUGAUGGCAGCACUGAUGAUACUAAGGCAUUUGAGAAUGCUUGGGAAGAAGCAUGUUCAUCUUCGGAGAAUGUCACUUUCAUCGUACCUCAGAGCAGAAGUUACCUUCUGAAACCACUUAGGUUUUCUGGCCCUUGCAAUUCCAACAUCAUUAAAAUGGAGAUUGGCGGAACCCUCAUAGCAUCCGAUGAUCGUUCCGACUACAAGAAAGACAAGAGACACUGGCUUAGGUUCGACAGCGUGGAGAAUCUGGUGGUGGAAGGCGGUGGAACCAUCGACGGCAAUGGGAAUGUUUGGUGGCAGAACUCAUGCAAAAUAAACAAAAAUAAGCCAUGCAAGGAUGCUCCCACGGCUUUAACCUUCUACAAGUGCACAGACUUGGUAGUAAAGAACCUGAAGAUCCAAAAUGCACAGCAAAUUCAUGUCUCCUUUGAGAGGUGCAAAAGUGUUGAGGCAUCCAAGCUUGUGGUGAAUUCCCCUGAAAACAGCCCUAAUACUGAUGGAAUCCAUAUCACUGCCACUCAGGACAUCCAUGUCUCUACCUGCACUAUAGCCACUGGUGAUGACUGCAUAUCGAUUGUAAGUGGAUCGAAGAAGGUUCGAGCUUCAGAUAUCACCUGUGGACCUGGCCAUGGCAUCAGUAUUGGAAGCUUGGGUUCGGGAAAUUCAGAAGCUCAUGUCUCGGAUGUUGUGGUUAAUAGAGCAAAGCUUUCUGGAACCACCAAUGGAGUUAGGAUCAAGACAUGGCAGGGUGGAUCCGGAAGUGCAAACAACAUCGGAUUCAAGAACAUAGAGAUGGAAAACGUGAAAAACCCUAUAAUCAUAGAUCAAAACUACUGCGAUCAGGAUGAACCCUGCCAAGAUCAGAGUUCAGCUGUCCAAGUGAAGAAUGUUGUGUACGAAAACAUCCAGGGAACAAGUGCUUCUACUGUAGCUAUCGAUCUCGAGUGCAGUAAGAGCUAUCCAUGCCAGGGAAUUGUGCUGGAAAAUGUGAAUCUUGAAGCUGCAAAUGGUGGAAAUUCCGAAGCUGUCUGCAAAAAUGUUGAUGUUCAGAACUCAGGAAAUGUUUCACCUGUUUGCCCUAAUUAAUUGAAUUUCCAAGAACACUAAUACAUAUAGCGUGUGUCUGUGUGCGUGUGAAUUUAGGGUUUGUGUACAUGUAGGAAAUAUACAUUUAGACAGAAAAGUUGAAUAAGGAAGAUUAUGCCAAACAGUCCUCUAUUAGAUCUCAUGAAGACCAGAGGUGUUUCUUACAGCAGCCAACCACCAACUGAUACAUAGUACUCUCGUGACGAGGUUUGAUGCAUGGGAAGUCAAGAAAGCAUAUAUAUGGAGGACUCAACUGGUUUUCAUGGACUGUUUCUUGCUGGAAAUUAGGGCAUAAUUGAGUUUAUUGGUGUAAAGGGUUAAUUAGAAUUAUAUUGGAUUCAUUUUUAAUUAUUAUUCAAUAAAGAGUACGUAUAUUAAUUGUC